AUGCUGUCGCCGACGAGGUCGACCAGGCGCAAGGAAAGACGAAAUCCGUCGGUGACGCCUAGGAGGUUUGGGCGCUUCUUUACGCCGCGGUCUUCUCUGCCCAGCGGACGGUCAGUAUUGGGGAUGCUGGAUAGCGCCUCUGUCAACAACCGCCAGCUAGCAUCCCCCAUGUCCUUUCUGAGCGAUCCGCUGAGCUCCGACCCGUUAUGUCCGCCCUCUCCCAGUGAACGGCUAGGAAUGAAUGGAGAGCACAAGAGGUUAUUGGAAGAAGAGAUGCAGGCAGAUGGCACAAAGAGGAGGAGACUUAAUGGUGGUGCGGAUUCGCCGUACGGACUUCAAGGGUUAAUCAACGGCACUAUUAUCGAGGAGGAUCUAACCGAGGGCCUUUCCGAGGAUGGUACCAGGACAAAAGAGACUCUUGAGAGCUUGGGGGACAGGCGGAGAGCUACUCUGAACCUCUUCUUCAAAGCUAGCCGCAAUGGCUCCCGUGGGCUGCAAGAAAAGAUAGGACUGACCCCACAGAGACUUGUUGCCGCAGACCCUAAAGCUCCUCUGCAGCUUGAAGGAUAUCAGCCUAAGCCUGUCCGCAAGUUCCGGGAUCUUGGUUUCGAAUCUCACCUCGUCGACCGGGAGCAUGGCUUCUCUUCGCACCACGGCAGCCAAUAUCUUAGUUCCCCGGCAUGUGACCCUAGGAUCGAGACAUCUUCGUUUUAUAGCCGGAGCAAUGACCUUCACCACUGUGUUGCCUCUAGCGGAGGCGGCAAUACGAUUCCGUUCAGUCUGGCCAGCUGCCAUAAGGCUUCUGUUACGGCCAUUGGCGACGAGCAAGGAUAUGUUCGCCUCUUCAACACCACUUUGAACGAUGCCUCGGAGGACUCCAAAGUUGACGUAUACAUCUCUGUUCACGACAACGCGAUUAUGGAUCUGUCGUUCUCGGAAGAUGAUACACGGCUGGCGACGGCGUGUGGUGACCGCAGCGGCAAAAUCCUCGACGUGCCGACUCAAACAGUUGCUUCGGAGCUUGGAGGAGGCCACUGGGACUCGUUACGGCAGAUUGCAUUCCAGCCUGGCGAAGCGGCCGGCAAUGUUAUCGCCUCGUCUGACCGAGCUGGCCGUAUCCAGAUAUGGGACCUGCGGUGUUCUUCAUCGCCGGUUAACAGCUUUUCCUGCCCUAGCGGCAUUGGCCAGCGAGAUACUUCGUUGGAACCAUUCCCAGCCAAGGGCAUAAACACCAUCGACAACGCCCAUGAGCGUACGGUACAGGGCAACACUUCGUCUGCAUCAGUCACCGCUAUUCACUGGAUGCCACCUGGCCGUGAACACCUUUUACUCUCCGCAUCUGAAGCCAAUGCUUCGAUUAAGUUAUGGGACACGCGAUAUAUCAAGCCUCGGCGGCAGGCUGAGGAGACACCUUUAGCCGUAACACAGGAACCGCGAGGCCACACGUGGCGUUCCUACGGUAUCACUUCCAUGGCUCUUAGCUCCGACGCCGCCCGUCUCUACGCUGUUUGCAAAGACAGCACUGUCUAUGCUUACUCGACAAAUCACCUAAUGCUCGGGCAUGCGCCCGAACUUGAAGAUGGAGCAGUCAAGCGGAGACCCAACGGGACCCACGGUCUGGGCCCCAUGUACGGCUUCAAGCACGACUUAUUCCGCGCGCAGUCCUUCUAUGUUAAAUGCGAUAUCCGCCCUAGCAUCAACGGCUCCUCCGAACUCCUCGCCGUGGGCAGCACCGACGGCUGCGCACUUCUCUUCCCCACCGAUGAACGCUACAUCCGCACCGCCUGGGCCAAACGAUCUCACAUCCUUCCCGAAGCCAGCGCCUUUGCCACUCCAUCACAGAGCAUAUCGACCCCCUCUGCCUUUGGAUCAUCCGCCGCCACGCCCCUUCUCCCCAUCUCACGACUUGGUACGCCUCUUAUCCGUGGCCACAGCCGUGAAGUUACCACCCUGAGCUGGGCUCACGACGGCAAGCUCGUCACAGCUUCAGAUGACUACAUCGUUCGCCAGUGGCAGCAGGGCGAAUCUCAAGCGCGAUAUCUACGGCAGGUGGGCGAAUUCGGGGGCGAGCGUCACAUGGCAGGCUGGGCCGACGUGGGAGACGACUGGGACACCCCCGAUGACGACGAUGAUUAA